UUGUUUUCGACUGUUUACGGUUCAGUUGUCAGUCCAGUGUGAUACAUUGAUACGAUGAUGGCCGCAAGUGGGUCUAGCAAACUGACAUUUAUUUUGAGUGAACGUAACGAGCGGUGUAUUAUUUUAAAUGAUUUUAAGUUUAAUAAAAAACGGACGGAUAAAAAAAAUGUGACGAAGUGGGUUUGCCGGGCAAAAGGAUGUUCUGCAAAGUGCUUUACGGAUUCGAAUGAUGAAGUUAUAAAAGAAGACGGGACCCACAACCACGAAGCAAAUCUAAAAAAAUUAAGCCGAGCGGCGCUGACAAAUGCAUGCAAACGGAAAGCGACGGAAGACAUAUGUGAACGGCCAGCCAAAAUAAUUCCUGGAGGUUUCCUGACCGGACCGACGAAGAAACAAAACAGGGGAUUUCCAUGUCCUGAUUACAAUGACGCACGUGAGGUCCAUCAUCCACCUCGCAGUGGAACAAAGGACCCCUCCCUACGCACCACCUGACUAAUGAUGUUUACGAUGGGAUGCUGCACCCAUUCCUAAAAUCCGUAAAGUUCGGGUUUCCCGCCACUGGAAAACAGGAAAAAGUUUCUGGAAUACGCCCUGAUUGUGAGAGGGGUCAGCAAGAGAGGGGGGGGGGAUGGGAUCGUUUGUGGUGGAUACAGACAAACAGGAUACGAGCUUAUAAAAGGGAAACCCCAACCCCUAAUUUCAAUCAGUUUGGGUUCAUCAAGUGAAGUAGUUCAAUUGGUGAGCAGGCCAGUGGGUCAGUGAUGUUGUGUUGUGUUUUAGUGGUGUAGUGAUGUAGUGCAGUCGGAUACUGGAAUUGCAACACUUAUACUGCAGGUCCUAAUCCAUCGGCAAGAAACGAAGCGCUCACAGUGAAAGCUGUUUUACUCGCAUUUUGAUUAUUGAAUUUCGCAUUAAUUAUUUUUAGUGUUGCAAAUAUAAACAUAGAUUUUCGCAUAAUUUAGCA